GCAUCUCUGAUCCGAAAAUAGUUGUCCAAAUUUGACAAUGGCUAUUCAAUCGUGGUCGUGCUCGUAAGGUUUUGCGUUUUGGUAUAACAACUGGACGUCUCGGUGUGUAAGGUUAUAAACGGCAGAAAAAGAAUGGCCGAUACAAAAGUGAAACACGGCUGUGAGACGGAAAAUUGCAAAAAUGAAGCGACUCUUCAGUGCCCGAUGUGCUUGAAAAUGGGCAUUCAAGGAUCAUACUUCUGCAGCCAAGAAUGUUUCAAAGGAUCUUGGAAGGCACACAAGGUUAUUCAUCUUCUAGCGAAAGGAAAAAGCGAUAAAAAUGCAUAUAAUCCGUGGCCUUAUUUUACAUUUACGGGAAAGCUGCGUCCAUUUCCUCGGUCUGACUUGAGAACAGUACCGCUCACGAUACCGCGACCUGAUUAUGCGGAUCACAAAGAAGGCCGCUCCAUGUCCGAAGAAGCAUUACGCGGAAAUACAACCAUUAAAAUCUUAGACGACGAAGAGAUAGAAGGAAUGAGAGUUGCAUGUCGUUUGGGGCGAGAAGUUCUAGACGAAGCAGCCCGCGUGUGUGACGUUGGUGUCACUACGGAUGAAAUCGACCGAAUUGUACACGAAGCUUGCAUUGAGCGUGAUUGUUACCCAAGCCCUUUGAAUUAUUAUAAUUUUCCUAAGUCAUGCUGUACCUCGGUAAAUGAGGUGAUAUGUCACGGAAUUCCAGAUAUGCGUCCGCUUGAAGAUGGUGAUAUCUGUAACGUGGAUGUGACCGUAUACUUUCAAGGAUUUCAUGGUGAUUUAAAUGAAACUUUUUUUGUGGGCAACGUGAAAGAUGAGCAUAAAAAGUUGGUGCAGGUGACCCACGAAGCUCUGUCAAAAGCGAUUGGAAUCGUGAAACCUGGCGAACGUUAUCGCGAAAUUGGUAAUGUUAUCCAAAAGCAUGUUCAUGCUCAUGGUUACAGUGUGGUAAAAAGUUACUGCGGACACGGAAUUCAUCGAUUGUUUCAUACUACUCCCAACGUGCCACAUUAUGCUAAAAACAAUGCUGUAGGAGUCAUGAAACCAGGACAUUGCUUCACUAUUGAGCCAAUGAUUUCUGAGAAAACAUGGAGGGACGUUUCUUGGCCUGACGAUUGGACAGCUGUUACUGCCGACGGUUUCUUCUCUGCUCAGUUUGAACAAACGUUGCUGGUGACCGAGAAUGGAUGCGAUAUUCUUACUCAGCGGAGAAAUGCAAAUGGACAACCGCACUUCAUGGAAAAACUUUAGCUGAUUUAAAUACGACAUAUAAUGAUUGUUUAAGAUGGGAUUGUUUCGUACUGUUUCGCUUAGUGGUAUACAAUUAGAAAUUCAUCCAAAAAUAACAUAACUAAUCAAUCGAAAUCGAGCAGAGCUUAGCAGUGUAAAUGAAAUACGUUUCCUUCCAUUGUGUUUGCAAUUGUUUUGUAAUAUACAGAACUUUAAAAUA